AUGGACGGGGAGAAAUGUUUCUACAUCACGGAGAAGGGGAAGAAGCAAAACUUCAAAAACAUCAAGCUGAUCACCUUCGACCUGGAUCACACCAUAUGGAACAUCGAUGGCCUGCUCAACUAUGCAGACGGGGAGUGCUACAAGUACAUGAAAAAAAAUUACAAGAGGUCGUAUGACUACCUUCAGAAGGAGUAUGGGCUAUCCAUUACUAAAUUGGUGAAGGAGUUGUUGGAAAAUAAAAUACAUCUGAAUAAGGAUGGGGUUCAAAUUCUAACAAACAUUCGAAUUGAUGCAUUAAAAUUUUUAGCGCAAAAAACAAAUUACGAUGAAGUGAAAUUCGUAUCGGAGAUCCAGGAGCUUUGGAAGAAGAAGAAGAACGAUGUGCAUUUAUUUAUCAGUCCAGGGACUUUAGAAUAUCUGAGAGAAUUGAAAAAUAGGGGAUAUAUCUUAGGAGCCAUCACAAAUGGAGAUUCAGAUGUAAAUGCAAUCAAAUUUUUAAAUGAAAUUUUUACUUUCGUCAUUAGGUCAAUGGAUUAUAAUUAUUCAAAACCUAGUGUAGAGAUUUUUAACAUAGCAGAGAAUCUUUUGAAAAGGAAAAACCUACACUUUGGAAUUGAUCAGUGGAUGCAUGUAGGCGACGAUGUCUACACCGAUAUCAUUGGCGCAAAAAAUAAAAAUAUUAACUGUGCCUGGAUUACAAUGUAUAGGGAUGGUAAUGAGGUUUCCCCUAAUGACUGGUACUCCUACUUGAAGUUGAAACUGGAAAAAAACUCCGACACAACUCUACCUCAAUACGAUCCCUUUGCGGAUAGUCUUUUCUCUCGUUUUCGAAAGAGGGAUGUCAUUCUUCCAUAUGAUUACAUUGAUAUCGAGAUUCGUCACUGUCGAGACUUGGAUGCCAUCCUAACUUAG